AUGAGCUUUCAUAAAAGAAUUAUUCGUCGAACUUGUGUUCAAGAGAAAAGAUUUGAAAGAGAAUUGUGUCACAUUUACGUAACUUGUAUAAGUGAAGGUGAAGCUGAUCGUUACAAAAAAUGUUUUCAAAAUUAUGCUGAGAAAACCGGACACGUCGACGCGUAUUGUGAAACUAAAAUUGUAGAACUUAGAGAAGGCAUUGACGAUUCUAUUAAAAGCAUUUUAAAGAGAGAAAAUAUGACAGAAUGCGGAUGGAAGCUUUUUAAGGAUUACAAAGUCGACGACAUAGCUUUUAAUGCUUUCAUUCAACAAUACACGAAUUCAACUAUCGACGAGAAAUGUUUCGAUGAAGAAAUUAAAAACAUUUUCGAAAAAUUUGCCCAAGGUGCCAAAAGUUAUUGCUUUCCUGAAUUUAUUGGAAAUCAUUUCGAUAAAUUAGAAAGAGGAGAUCUAGAUGCAAGCGAUUCUCACAUGGCCGCAUGUGUAUUCAAAUAUUUGAUCAGCAUAAAAAUCAUUGACCCAAAGCUGCAUAACGUCAGUGAAGAAGUUUAUACGAAUGAGAAUUGCGAGGCGGAAUUUGCGGAAUGGCGAGAAAGUUUUCCUAGCGUUUUUUUUCCGUUCGCUUUUAAUUUUUAUGAUGGAAUCUUCGGAUUGGGUACGGCAAAAGUUGUUGAAUGUGAACUUCAAAAAACGAAGGAAGAAAAAUUAAACGAACAAAUGUUUUCAUGCAGAAUUUUGGCAUUUCUCGACCAAUCUGAUGCUCAAUUGCAAGAAAGUCGAAUAAACUUUAUCAAUUUGAAUAAAAAAUACCUUAAAAUCCAAUUACAAUGUUUGGACAAAAUCUUCGAAUGUGCCGUUGAAUAA